UCCUCAUUUGCUUCAUAUUUCAAUCAAAUUGGUAACGAAGGCCUCCAAAAGUAUUUGAAAUUUAGCGAUUGAUUUGUUUUUACACCAUUGAUGGAAUUGAGUGUGCUUCUUGACGCAUAAUGRGAUGUAUUGGGCUGUAUAGUGUUUUAUGAUAUGACUCACAUUGGCAUAAACUUUGCUUCAGAUGACUUGUAAGUUUAUAAGUAAAUAUCUUCAACAUGUCUCGUCGUUAGUACCCUAUUUUUUGCGGUCUCGAUGACUGUCAAUAUGGAAGAAUYAUACACGUGUGRCUUCUGAAAGACAUUCCAGGCCUGAAGAGAACGUAGAAGGACGAAGAAAUGUCUUGUAUUGCGUUAAAAACAUCUUGACUUCAGUACUAUAUCGAUGGCAUUCUCUAUAGCACUGCAUGCGAUAAUAGUGGGAGUACUGUUAUCGUCAGUACGUCCUACGAACGCCAAAUGUGGCGGAAAGACAUUAUUAAAAGAAUUACAAGGGACUAUAUCAGACGGACCAAGUGACUAUCCAGAAAAUCAACGCUGUGAAUGGCUAAUUGAAGCACCAAAAGACAAUAUGACAAUAACAUUGGACUUUAUAGAAUAUGGAACUGAAUGUACUUAUGACUAUUUAUUCAUUUAUGAUGGGCCAUCGUAUCAGUCAAAGCUAUUAGGGAGCUUUACUGGGAAUAAUAUACCAGCAUCUAUUGUUGCRUCAUCAGGAAAGAUGCUGGUACAUCUCUUCAGUGAUACUAACUAUCGCUUGAAGGGCUUUAAAGCUAACUAUACUAUAGAGAAUUGUCAUAGACAAUGUUCAGGUCAUGGAAAUUGYGUGAAUGGGCAAUGCAAUUGCAAUAUACAUAGGCGUGGCAAAUAUUGUGGUUURAGUUGGUGUCCAAGUAAUUGUAAUUUUGAUACUAAUCGUGGGAAGUGUGACUUGGAUAACAAGCACUGUACAUGUAGUCCAGGUUUUGCAGGCGAAGAUUGUUUUCUUUCCCUUCUCACCACUGAUAAUACCAAUGCYUGGUACAAAAUGGUGACRUAUUCACRGUUAUUUACAYCRCGAUUGGGUCAUGCUGCUGUUUAUGAUCAGAAAACAGACUUAAUUUGGUCCUUUGGUGGCUUUGAUCUAAAUUCUGCUGAUAAUGAUUUACUCAAAUUCAAUUUAACAACUGGGCAGUGGAUACAAGUGUCUACAGCACAGCCAAAGCCUGUUGGUCGAUACUCUCAUACAGCCUCUUUAUAUCAUAAUGAAUUAUUUAUAUUUGGUGGUCAAUUCAAUGAUGUACACCUCACUAAUGAAUUAUGGAAGUUCAAUUUGAAUACAUUAAAAUGGACGCAGUUAAAUGACUCCAAUGGUCCGCCACCUCUAGCAAUGCAUACUGCUAAUAUAGUUGRAGAUAAAUUAUACAUUUUUGGAGGGCGUACAAUGAAUGAGAGUUCUGUAUCUAGUAUUUACAAGUAUGACUUGAGUAAUUCUAAAACUGGAUGGCAAAGAGUGAGAUGGAAAAGUGGUAAAGCUGCCACUCACAGUGUUAUGGGACAUUCAACUGUUUAUGAUAAUGACACCCGGUCACUUAUUGUGUUUGGUGGAUUUCAGUUAGUGCAUGGAAGGUUAAGCAACAGGCUGAAUAAACUCCAUGCAUUCCAUGUUGACUUGCUGGUUUGGUCUCAAUGGGAUUUAAAAGACAAUGUCCCCAAACCAAGAGCCUUUCAUUCUGCUUCAAUUGUUGSUGACUACAUGAUUUUAUUUGGUGGAACAGUCCAYGAACAUCACAAGGAUGAAAGCUGUUAUGACAAUGAGUUUCAUUUCUUUCAUCUCAAGUGCCAYAAGUGGAUUUCAUUGUCUGAUUUGGCUCAACUUUCACCUGCACCMGCUUUGUCCAAGAAACCCAAACGAGGCCGCUACUCUCAUGUUGCUAUUGCUAAAGGCUCCACACUGUURAUAUUUGGAGGCUACAGYGGUGAGCCRCUUGGGGAUAUGUAUGCUUAUAAAGUACCAAUCAGUGUUUUUAACAGUGCAGUUGACAAAUCUGGAGAUCAWUGURAUCAGUACAAAACAGAUAAAUCCUGCUUAACUGAYCCCAGCUGUGGCUGGUGUAGCAACARUAAGUGCUAUGCAUUGCAGGAUUCCAGCAAGUGCUCAUCAACUUGGAAUACACCUUCUUGUCCUGGACUUUGUGGUCUUAAURCCAUGUGUAUGUCUUGCCUCUCCUCGGGCUCAAAUCAUCUACCUAAUAAAUGCGGGUGGUGUGUGCAGGACAGCCGUUGCUACUCUCUUUCAUCACCUCAAGGCGCUUGUGAAAGUCCAAAUCCACAGAAUUCAAAGAGAAUCAGGGGCUGGUGGGGAACACAAGGGCAGUUUUUAUCUGGUAGUGUCGACAAGUGUCAAGAGAAAAAUUACCCUCCUGGACUUAUAGAAAUCACAAGAAUGUUUCCUGAAGUUGCAAAUUAUCCUGAUGAAAUAAGCCAAGGACUCACAACUGAGACAAAGAUUCUUGAUUCAAAUUUUAAGAAAGUUAAGACAUCUAUUGGCUUUGUGUAUCCAUUUAAAUUUUCAUCAUCACCGUAUGACCCUUACCGAAAUUUUCAAAUCUAUAUGGAUAAAUCCAGUACCCAAACAAGCUCCAAGGUGCACCUUCAUGUUAGCAGUGAUAGUGAUAAAAACAAUCAGGGUUCCAAGGUUUCUUGUGAAUUGAUUGCAAAACAUAAMAGUGGAAGCUGUCAAAAUCCAGGGAAGUACUUUCCUAAUCCAACAAAAGAUCAGAAAUAUUAUAUUGAAAUUAAGAGUGAAAAGCCAUUGGGUCUAAAAAGUUUGACAUCACGAACAUCGUGGAAUAUCUCUAAUUUUAUUMAGCUCCUAGAURCCCAAUAUCUGGAGCCAUUUUCUUCUGGUGGCAGUGAAUGCUCUUCAAAAGACAGCUGUAUGGCAUGCAUGACUGAUGCCAGUUGUGGUUGGUGUGARAUAACUGGACAAUGUCUAUCAAGAAAAUCAUCGAACUCAUGUAAUCAUGGCGGCCAUAGUCAAUACUUAGUACUAAAUGCCACUCAGUGCACRCAAUGUGAUGAUCUCAAAGACUGCAUUUCUUGUUCACAGCACAAGUAUUGUGUUUGGGUAACCAAAUUCUAUCGUUGUCGCCGAAAAGGUAUUUCAUAUAAUAGUCCAGUUGUGAGCAAACCAGAGUCUUGCAGUUUGCAAUGUGAAAGGAGAGAGAGUUGUUCUACUUGUGUKGCUGAUGGAUAUGAAUGUGCAUGGUGUGAAAGUACAUCUUCUUGUUUUGUGUUUGGUUCAUACAUCAUGCAGUUCCCUUAUGGACAAUGUACUCGCUGGGUCAAUGGUAAUGAAAUUAAGUGUCAAAACUGCAGUAUGCAUACAAAUUGUAAAGCUUGUUUGUCUGACAUCAAGUGUGGUUGGUGUGGAAGCACAGAUAAUCCCUUGAGAGGAAGCUGUGUUAAUGGUGACUUUGUUGGGCCUAGUGUGGGCAAUUGCUCAAGUGCAGUAAACCUGAAUGAAAGCGUGGCCUGGUCAUAUGGUCGGUGUCCUGAUGUUGAUGAAUGYAGACUUGGUUUACACAACUGUCAUUACAAUGCAAGCUGUCACAAUGUUUAUGAUUCMUAUAAUUGUGUCUGUAACCGUGGUUUUACUGGCGAUGGCAAGAAAUUUUGUAAUAAAACAUGUGAUCCACCAUGCAUUCAUGGAGUUUGUAAGUCUGACUACACAUGUGUCUGUGAUCUUGGUUGGAAGGGAAUCAACUGCUCUAUAGAUUGUGGAUGUAAUGGUCAUAGUACAUGUAACAAAGGCAUCGGGAUAUGUGAUAAAUGUCAAGAUUACACUCAYGGGAACUACUGUGAGAAGUGUGUUCCUGGAUCUUAUGGCAACGCAACCACAAAACAAGGCUGCAAAAAGUGUGACUGYAAUGGCCAUGGGGAUUUAACAAAAGGAGAGUGUGACAAUACAACAGGAGUAUGCUUCUGUAAUGAUAACACAAUGGGCAGCAAUUGUGAACAGUGUCUUCCUGGACUAGUAGGAAACCCUAAAAAUGGAGGUAGAUGCUAUUAUGAGUGUACGACACGUAGUGUUCUCUACAGUGAAGUGCCACGCUUUGGUCACACUAUAGUUGCACAUUCAAACUACAUUUGGAUCUAUGGGGGGUACUCUAUGGCAUAUGGUAUUUUAGAUACUAUUUAUAGAUAUGAUGUCAUAGACAAUACCAUGAGUCAUGUGAUCACUAACCAACUUCCUCCAACUGAACCAAAGGGAAGGUUCCUCCACUGUGCUGUUCUUCAUCAGGUUUCAUGGUUUGUGUACGGCGGUUUAACAAAAGAUGGUGCGUCUAACGAGAUGUGGUAUUUCGAUAUCAAACUGACUAAAUGGAGUAAAGAAACGCCUAAUUCUGGUGUUAAUAAUCCCAAAGUUGCAGGCCACACUUGUACUCUUGUAAACAAUGCUAUUACARUUAUUGGAGGAUAUGACCCUAUGACAGGUUUCAAUAGUGAAGUCUACCAAUACAACAUUCCUGGUAAAAGCUGGAGUGUGAUGCAACCCUUGAAGCAAGGGACUAACCCUACUGGACUGUAUGGCCAUWCAACUGUCUAUCACUCUAGUAGUCAAUCUCUGUUUGUAUUUGGUGGAUAUCAGUUCAAAGUACAUGAGGUUAAGCCAUCUUCAGACUUGUACACCCUGCAUCUACCGAGCAGAGAGUGGAAAUUACUCCAAGCAAUGCCAUCUAAUCAGCCAAUGCCAAAGUUUUUUCACUCUGCUGWAAUGGUUGGUGAUGCUAUGGUUGUUUAUGGUGGACGUUCAAGUACGAGUCAGCAGUCUUCCUCUGAGUUAUUGGUCUAUAAGGUUAACUGUAACUACUGGCAUACUCUGAGCAAACAAGAUUCUGCAGUGCUUGGGUCUUCUCCUGGAGGAAUAGUCAGUACAGCGUCAUCUUCUAACAACAGCAUUAUUUUMAUCUUCGGGGGACUCGUUGGCCAGGCCAAGGGCUCGUUACACAAGUUCAAAUUACCGUCUGACCUUUGUCAAGGAAUGCGUGUCAAGAAUACAUGUUCCUCAACUCCCGGAUGCAGCUGGUGUGAAAUUCAUUACUCAAACAGCUCAUCCAAUCAAUCAUAURUACAAAGUWCGACUUGUUACUCCGUCACGUCAUCUGUUCCCKCAUCUUGUCACGCAUCCUCAAAUGUAACGCAAAUAUCAUUUGUAAACGGCACCCAGUGUARCAGUGCGACUGCUCAACAAAGAGACUGUAACACUUACACRUCAUGCUCUUCUUGCCUGUCCUCAUAUCCUGAUUCCCAGUCAARCUCAAYCAGGUGCAAYUGGUGUGUACAGUGUUCAGGGGGAGGCAAGUGUAUUGAYAAAGUCAARGAGUGUGAYAGUACAUCUUCUUGUGGAAUYUCAUCUCCCAAGCGUACCUCCCCCGGAUCAUGUCCUGAAAAUACUUGCGAGGCGUCAAAAUGUAAAGACUGUGUUAGCGACAAUAAAUGCAUGUGGACGCCUCAACUAAAAUGGCUGAAUGAUAUCAAGGUGAAGGAAUCAUCRAGYGGUGYUGCUUUUUCCUGGAAUUGUUUUGAGAGRACUYUGAAAGACAAGUAUACAAGCAUUAAUUUGGCUUAUACGGGUAUAGCUGAGUGUCCAAAGAGCUGUGCAAUACACAAAGAUUGUCGCUCCUGUUUAGCAUAUACAGAAGGUGAUGGUGGCUGGAAGGAGUGUAUUUGGAGUGAAUCACAAGGAAAGUGUUACUCACCAUCAUAUCUCCCCAUGGUCGAGUUAGGAGGWGUAGCUGGUCGAAUUGUGAGGGGUUCACCCGACAAGUGUAUSCCUCCUUGUGCUCACCACGACCGCUGUUCUUCUUGUUUUUCUGCRUAUAACUGUGGAUGGUGUUCAAAUCCGAACUCAAACGGACUGGGUGCUUGCAUGGAGGGAGGUGUUAGCGGUCCGUUAUAUGGUACCUGCCAAGGGAACACUAUUGACACUGGUCCGCAAACACCCUCCAAUUUGUCCAAGAAAAUUACCAUUUCGGCAACUCCUGUUUGGGCAUCAGUGUUGUGUCCUGUUGAGAAUGAGUGCACCAAUGGCCGUAACAACUGCUCAUAUACAGAAGAUUGUAUUGACACACCAGAAUCAUACAAAUGUCUCUGCAAACCUGGAUACAAGAGGGAAUGGAACGUAUGUGUACCCAUCUGUGAAGGUGGCUGUGGUCACGGAGUGUGCGUGACACCAAAUAAUUGCUCCUGUAACUUUGGCUGGACGUCACGUAACUGUUCCAUUCGUUGUCAUUGUAAUAACCAUGGACACUGUCUUAGUGAAAACAGUCUGGACACUUGYUACGAUUGUCGUAAUAACACAAAGGGAAAAAGCUGCGAGCUGUGUUCUCCUCUGUUCGUUGGUAGCGCUACUAACAAUGGUUCAUGCAUAUCUUGCUAUGACGUCUGCAACAAAAGUGCAUAUGUCUGCAUGGGUCUAGAUGACUUGAUACGUGCACAGAAUCAAAGCCUGUCAUUGAAAUAUGACGAUGUUGCCAAAUGGCUCAACCACGGUCCUACUAAAAUCAGUAAAGACAAGGAAUGUAUUUGCCUUAAAAACUCAAAAGGUUUAAAGUGUAAAAGCUGCAUUAAAGGGCAUUUCUUCCCAAAUGAUAUUAUUUCAUCAUACUGCACACCUUGUCUGUGUAAUGGACACGGGGAUGUUUGUAACGAUAAAACUGGGAAUUGCGAAUGUCAAAAUCAUACACUAGCCGAUUGUAGCAGUGGUGAUGAYCCCUGUUACAAAAGACAGUGCUAUAAGUGUGAAGAUAACUACCUUGGACGGCCGUGGGACAACCGUCAAUGUUACUCCAAAGUCAUCCACUUAACCGAUUUUGCCAUUAGCUCUAAGCCUGGAUCUGUCACUGAAGARAGCAGUUACCCACCCCUCCCUAAAGGCAUGGCUAUCAGCUAUGUGGUAUAUCCUAGAUACACUAACGUUGAUAUAAGAACAACUAUCGACGUAUUCCAAGGUGGAGUUGACGUCUACGUAUCUACGCACGACCGUACGUUUGCWGUGUACGUAAAYAAAACUACUGGACAGCACACGGUUGUUAUCACGCGGGAGGACCGUACUCGUCGUAGCGUCGAUGAUCUCAAAGGAUCACCUGAUAUCACGGUUUUUGCUGGCAAAAACAAGUUGAAUACGUUUGUGUCAUUGGAUUCUCCAACCCAUAUCRUUCGCAUUAAAGCGGUUGAAAAUCGUUUAGURUUGACAUUUCCCUAUUCUAAGCAUCGUCUUCGAAAUAGUCGGUUCUAUCUUAUGGUGAUGGGUGUYGGCGAURAUWCACAUGAYGAUACYACKGGUAUUAUCUACUUUCGACAAGACUUGUCMCAGAUUGAUCUGUUUGUCUUCUUUUCUGUUUUCUUCUCCGUUUUCUUCCUUGUACUUGCUCUUUGCAUUGUCGCGUGGAAGGUGAAGCAGUUUCAUGACAGACGAAGGAUUGCUCAGGUACAGGAACGUGAGCUAGAAAGCAUGGCAAGCCGACCUUUYGCCACUUACUCAUUCCUAACAGAUAUGAAGACUGCUCCACAAAGCUGCUGGAAAAUCAAGAGAGACAACUCAAGGCGUAACUUACGAGACCGUAAAAAUCAUCUUCUUCUUAAGGAAGCUUCUCACCGACCCUUCAUCUCGCCAGUUGCUCUCCAAUCCACGGAAGACACCAGGGCAGCSGUUGCGUCCGUAAUGUUCCAGCUGCCUAGAAACGAGAAUUCCGAUUUUCAGCUUGCUUUUGGAUCGGUUAUUAGUACUAAUAGCAAUCAGCAUUCUAUAGGGUCGUUAUUUGGAUAUCCUUUGUUAACUGGACAUAAAACAAGACAUACAACAAUCACUAGCUAGCACACCCAGAUUUGGUCACUACGUAUUUAGUACCAGGUGAAUUAUUAGAUAUUGCACGCAAGCACAUUUUAUUAAUACAUAAAUGAGGUCCUAUGUAUAUGAUACCUAGGUAGAAUUUGUCGUAAACUGGUAAACACGGCACCGUGAAACAGUUACUACCGUGAAACAGUUACUCUAACUUUUAUAAAUAUUUGUACAGAAAGGCUUGUGUAGGUAGAAUCGAUAUUGUGAAUUUAUCAAAUACAACAUAAUGACACAAUUACUAUAGCAGACAUCCGUUCAUAAAUAUUAAGGUUUGAUGUGUCUUUCCUUGGCAGAGCGACUAAAUUUAUAAACGCAGUCCUUAGAUGAAGAUCUAGUUUGCACUGUUUAACAUGGAAUCUACAGUUUAUCAGUAAUACCAACCUUUCUUUUUUCAAGUUGUUCCCAUCAUUUUGGUAUAUACUACCUCAUGAAAUUGUAACGUUUUUAUACGUUUUUUAGUGAACGGUUUCUGUUAAGUCAUAGUUGAGGGUAGUAGAGUAUUGGGCAACAAAAUGGGAUAUUUUUUAAUUUAAAUAUUCAUAAAUUCAUUUUUAAAAGUUUUCGCAUUGUACGAUAAGUCAUUAGUGAAGACGCCGCAAAGRCCGCGCGGCGCAAAAAAUAAUAAUGCGUUAGUCARAUGAACACAAGAAGCAACAAUGAGAUUAGAGCAGCUAGACUCRAUUUUCAGCUGGCGGGAUUUUAUACGCGCCUGCGGUACUUUCUUAGAAAUCUGGACGGCUGAAGACURAGGCUAGUUAGAGCUAGAACUUCAAGGAUUCCUUCCUCUAAUAGUUCUCACUUGUUAUUUGSGUUCUUUCUACAAUAGGGUAAUUUCCACAUAUUGUACCUUUUUAUAAUAUAUAAUAUAAAUGUCACACCUCUAGCAAAUUACAUAGUGUGAAAUAAAACAAAUAUCGAURCUGAAUUUGUACAUAAAGAAGAAAAGAAUUAAAAAUAGGCACGUUGGUA